AUGAAUAUGGGACAACAUGAAGGAGUAAACCUACAGGGUCACACUAUAGGACUGUUAGCAUACGCAGAUGACCUGGUAUUGAUAACAGAAUCGCAAAAUGAACUUAAGUCGCUAUUCAGAUUGCUAGAAAAGUCAUCGGCAAAAAUAUAUUUACUUAUCAAUGAAGAGAAGACAAAAUAUAUGGUUGACAGUGUAACUAGUGAAUGGAGGAUAAGGAAAAACGAGGAAUUAGAAUUACUGUACCAAAAACCAAACAUCGUUGAAGCAAUAAGAAAUAAGAGACUACAGUUGGCAGGACAUGCCUGGAGAAACCAAAACCCAUUAAUUCGUACAGUCCUGGAAAAGAACCCUACAGGAAAAAGUCCCAUAGGAAGACCAAAAAUGAAAUGGGAGGAUGUAUUGAAGAAGGACAAUCUUUUGCGAGAAGCACAUUAUCUUUGGAUGCCGGACGUACAAAAUGGAAAGGAGAGAAUCGAGUAUGCCCUGUCGUAUGAUGUCAGAUGUAAACCUUCUCAAGUCAAAGCAUAUUUUACCUUUAUUUUAAUUGUUAUUUUACAUUUAAAAAAAAGUUUGGAUGAUGAUCGUAUCGAAGAAAUUGGCCCUAACUUGGCAUGUGCCGAGUGGCUUAUGAAAAACGGGGCAAAAAUUAGAUUGAAAGGUUGUAAGGAAUUUGUCAGUCAUUAUGAUUGUUUGCCAAAUACCUCAUCAAUUCACCGUAACCAGUUUGUCAUUGAACAAGUUUAUGCAGGGAGAGAAGCAUCUAUUUCUCACAUAGGAUUUAGAUAUUUUAAGAACUGUACACAUAUUUCUAAUAUUGAAUUUGAUCGAUGCAACUCGAUUAAUAAUGAAGCAUUAGGUCAACUUAAUAUAUUGAAAGAUUACUUGACACAAUUAAAGAUAAAUGACUGUAUAAAUGUUUCUGACCAAGGAAUAAUGUCGUUGGAACAACUUCAGGCAUUAAAAUAUUUGGAGUUGAAAAAUAUAAAAUGUUCAACCGAACCAGAAAUAAUGAUUGGUCAUCUGAAAACCAAGUUACCAGAAUGCAAUGUACAAUAUUAUAAAGACUAAUGAUCUAAAAUUCAAAAUAAUUUGUAUGCAAUGUGCUAAUAUCGAGCAUACAUCAAGUAUAUCUAUGAUGCGCAGAUCUAUUUAAAAACUCAACAUAUAGGUAAUAAUACAAUAUUGGUGUAAUACGACUUACUUACAUCAAUCAUGAUGGAUUUAUAAAAAUUUAGUCGAUAGUGGAAACAUUUUUAUAUUCGCCUCCUAGGUCAUUGGUAAUUGGUAGGUAUAUGUAAUGAAGGUAAGUACGUCAUGCUAUGUUUUAGGGUAGCAUAAAUUGAGAUAAUUGAGCAUAAAUUAAGAUUUUGAUAAAACAUUAUUGUUAAUGAAUAGGCGGUUUUUGUUCAAGAUAUAUUUUUUAU